AUGCGCUCAGAUGGCCAACAUUUACUUCGAUCAGACAAGCAUGAAUGUAGUAAUGCUAGUAAAUUAAAUUUCCUUUCAGGUGCAGUUCCAGACUGUUUCCUGAAUGUGGGUUGUCAGAAUCAUAGAUUGACACAAGAGUUGCGCACACUAUGGUCGGAUUUGAUGUUCUCUUAUAAACUAUUGAAACACUCACACAGUUAUGCUUACAGCGUUUCUAUCCAAGGAAUCAUAGAAUCCAAUUCUGAUGCAGAUAUUGGAGAUGUUAAUUAUGUGCUCAGACAUUCCGAAGAUUUUUUCCCGAUGCCGCCAUUAUCUUUGGAUAUUACAUCGUUUGUAUUGCUUACUUGUUCGCAUCUAUUUACCUACUUGCAUUUAAUCCACCAAAAAAGUAAUAAUUAUGAACAAGGAAGCGCCAAUCCCAGAUUUUUACCUGUUUUGGGGCGUGGAGAACCGAAACAGGUGUUACCUCCACUGCGUAUCUUAGAUUCUAAAAACUUACUGAUUAAAUUCUGUGUAUCUUCUGAAGAUUCUGACUGUUGUGAAGUUCAGAAAAAUUGUCUCUACAAUACAUUUUGUGAAUAUCUUACACCUAUACCGAAAUUGGAUGGUGUAUACUUAUUAUCGAAGUCGAGACUAAUGGAUCGCAAUAACCACUCAUUUCGUCGUCGUGUCGGUCGAGAAUCGUACAGCAAAACUACAGGUAUGGUUGAUGCGACGGAAAUUAGGAAUCAUACAGUUACCUCUAAUGGAUGCACUGUUUCUGUACCAUCUAAAUUGUUUUCAGAGGCUAGUGGUGAAAGCGAAGCUGCAUGGGAUUCUCAAACGUUGAAGUCUCAAAAAGUUGCUUCAUUUGAUCGAAAUCAUUCUACCUCACAACCUCCAGAUUUACUGGUACGAAAAUUAGUAGAGUGGUUUUAUUUGGCGUCAAAAAACUCAUCUGACGUAUGCCCUUUAUUCUUACGCAUCCGUGGAAUUUUGAAGUACAAGGAAAUGUCUUCUAUUGUUCCCUUAUCUAAUGGAAUACCAGUGUUUUGCGCUGCACGUUUUCGUGAAAUUCUGUCACAACUUGUUUUAAAAAGUACUUCCCAACAUGAUUUGCCAUCACAAAGCGAAUCGCCUGCCACGAACAAAAAAUCUACUUUAACAAUCGAUCUCGGACAACUAAAUUUCUAUGUCGAGGUUUUACCUAUUGGUAGUCCUUACUGUGGUCUCUCCAUUCCACAGAACAUUCAUGAUACUUAUGUUCACAGGAAACCAUAUAACAAAAGGAACAGAGAGAAUCACACGGAAUCGUUCACGAGUCGCAUACAAAAUCCAGAUGUAGAGUCUAGCGAGGCCUCACCGGGCCCUUCAGUUUUUAUCAAUAUAGCCUAUUCUACUAUGGAGGAAGAAUGCGUUGCUAUCGAUGGUUGGCUAGGUCAACAUAAUAUCUCGAAAAUUCCAUCGUCACAACAAUGUUUUCUUCGCUUAUUCAUUUUCCAGAUGUUAUGGUACUUACACGAUAGGUCGGUAAAUUGUUUACGUUCUCUCGGUCCAGUAACAGAAAAAUCACUUGAAACUAUUCUUCAGCACAUCGAGGAUACUUGCAAAGCAAUGCAAACUCCACUUUUUAACCCAUGUAAUAUUUUAUUGAAUCAUUCAUACAUAUCUUCAAGUGAAGAUGAGCUCUUAAAUCGAAUUCUCAACUCGAAAAGUUAUCAACCAUGUUCGAACAACAAUGCACCAUCGCACCGAAUUUUUGUGACAUCAGAAAACAGGUUCUUAUGCAACGAAUACGUUUGGAUUUUGUUUUGUACGAUACUGAUGUAG